AUGCGAUUUGUAAGCAACCUCAAGUCCAGUGUGAAUAACCCAGAGCAGAAGAAAACUAGUCACCUAGCACCUGCAGAAAUCGAAGCCGCUGAAGAGUAUUGGCUGCGGUUCAGUCAGCGAGCCAUGAAGACAGAAGACUACCCGAAUCUGUCGCCAUUCAUAGACGAGGAUGGCUUAAUGAGGGUAGGGAGCCGCCUGACCAGGACCAGCCUGCCGUAUGACCAAGUGUAUCCAGUACUCCUCCCAGCGAAGGAUCACAUCUCGACGCUGAUCAUGAGAGAGAUGCAUCAAAUGACGAAUCACGCAGGGCGAGAAAGAACCCUGUCUGAAUCGCGUGCAAAGUACUGGAUCCUACGAGGGAGAAAUCGUGCAAAUAAGAUCACAAGAAAAUGCGUGACUUGUAGGGAACAAAAGCAACCGCCACACACUACAAUGAUGGCUGAUCUUCCGAAAGAAAGAUUGCAGUUAGUCUCACCGCCUUUCAAUGUAACAGGAGUGGACUUAUUCGGGCCAUUCAGACUGAAGUAUGGAAGAAAGCAAUCGAUCAAGGCAUGGGGAGCAAUCUUCACCUGUGCGACCGUACGAGCGGUGCACUUGAAAAUCGUGGAGAACACAUCAGCGGAAGCGUUAUCAGCUUGUCCAAGCAGGGCAGAAGCAGAACUCCGCAAACUAGUCAUCGAUGAGAAGAAGUGUCUUGAAGACUUUGCGAUGCUGCACAAGUUCAACUGGAUCUUCAUAUCCCCCUACAGUCCCCAUCAAGGAGGAAUGUACGAGAGUUUGGUCAAGCAAGUCAAGCACUCACUUCACGUAACCGUAGGAGAGCAGACACUCUCCUGGAGCGAACGGUUCAUCCGAGAGCUGAUCAGUCGCGGCCGCUCCAAAUGGCAGAAGAAAGGUCGCCAGAUGAGCGUCGGAGAUGUUGUCCUGCUAGUGGAUUUCACGGCGCCACGUGGAAAAUGGAGUCUUGGACGCAUCGUGGAGACCUACCCCGGGCAAGACGCACUCGUACGGAACGUGAGAGUCAAGACAGCCAACGGAGCGGAAUAUCAGAGGUCCGUCCAGCGCUGCUGCUUGAUAUGCGAAGCAGAGUAA